UGAGGCUUGCAGCGGGCGGGAGCCGUGCCUGAGCGGGGAACUGGGUAGGGUUGCAGGUGUCCCAGCUCAGCCGGACUAGAAGGGCCAGCGUUGGAAAGAGCAGGUACUCGGGCCGUGGGCGGCGCGAGAGGUGGAACGGAAGGUACCCGGUCAGUAGGAAGAUGCCCGGGCCUGGAACAUUGCAGAGAUCGGAGCAGGGGCGCAGCUCUGUGGAGGGACCUUCUGGUAUGUGUGUCCCUGUCCUUUCGGGGCGUGGAUGGUGCCCGGGACCCAGCCAGCAACCAAUUGAAGACGAUCUCCCUGGAAGCUCUCGGCCCCGAGGGCUCUCGCCUGGGGUGCCGAUCCUGCCAUGGCAUUCCGGAGGACUGAGGUCUGCCUUCUCCCAGCUGCGGUUGACACCAGGCCUGCGGAAGGUCCUCUUUGCCACGGCCCUGGGGACUGUGGCCUUGGCCCUGGCCGCCCACCAGCUGAAGAGGCGACGGCGGAAGAAGAAGCAGGUCGGCCCCGAGAUGGGAGGCGAGCAUCUGGGCACAGUGCCCCUCCCCAUCCUCAUGGCCAGGAAGGUCCCGUCAGUGAAGAAAGGCUACUCCAGCCGGAGGGUCCAGAGCCCCGGUAGCAAGAGCAACGACACUCUGAGCGGCAUCUCCUCCAUCGAGCCCAGCAAGCACUCGGGCUCCUCCCACAGCUUGGCCUCGAUGGUAGUGGUGAACUCAUCCAGCCCCGUGGCUGCAUGCUCGGGGCCAUGGGACACCAGAGGGAUGGAGGAGUCCGUGACCACCAGCAGCGGCAAUGCUGAGAGCCUCUACAUGCAAGGCAUGGAGCUCUUUGAGGAAGCUCUGCAGAAGUGGGAACAGGCGCUGAGCGUGGGGCAGAGGGGGGACGGCCUCCGGAACCCCGAGGCCGCUUCAGAGGCGCUGUCUGAGCCAGAGUCACAGCGAAGAGAGUUUGCGGAGAAGCUGGAGUCCCUGCUGCACCGGGCCUACCACCUGCAGGAGGAGUUCGGGUCCACCUUCCCGGCCGACAACAUGCUGCUGGACCUCGAGCGGACCCUCAUACUGCCCCUGACCGAGGGCUCGCUGCAUCUGCGGGCGGACCGUGAGGACAGCCUGACCUCGGAGGAUUCCUUCUUCUCCGCCCCCGAGCUCUUUGAGUCCCUGCAGGUCGGAGAUUACCCGAGCCCACUCUCCAGGCCUGCCGCCGCCUACGAGGAGGCCCUGCAGCUGGUGAAGGAGGGCAGAGUGCCCUGCCGGACCCUCAGGUGCUGUGACUCUGCGCUUCCCCUCAGGACAGAACUGCUGGGCUGCUACAGUGACCAGGACUUUCUGGCCAAGCUGCAUUGUGUGCGGCAAGCCUUCGAGGGCCUCCUGGAGGACAAGAGUCACCAGUUUUUCUUCGGGGAGGUUGGCCGGCAGAUGGUGACGGGUCUGAUGACCAAGGCUGAGAAGAGCCCCAAAGGCUUCCUGGAGAGCUACGAGGAGAUGCUGAGCUACGCCCUGCGGCCGGAGACCUGGGCCACCACGCGGCUGGAGCUGGAGGGCCGAGGGCCCCUACACACCCUGCCUGCUCUGCCCUCCGAGCGCUGCUGCCCCCCGCAGGUGGUGCGCAUGAGCUUCUUUGACAUCGUGCUGGACUUCAUCCUCAUGGACGCCUUCGAGGACCUGGAAAACCCCCCGUCCUCGGUGCUCGCCGUCCUGAGGAACCGCUGGCUGUCGGACAGCUUCAAGGAGACGGCCCUGGCCACUGCUUGCUGGUCUGUCCUGAAAGCCAAGAGGAGGCUGCUGAUGGUGCCUGAUGGCUUCAUCUCCCAUUUCUACUCCGUAUCGGAGCACGUUAGCCCCGUCCUAGCCUUCGGCUUCCUCGGACCCAAGCCUCAGCUCUCUGAAGUCUGUGCUUUCUUUAAGCACCAGAUCGUGCAGUACCUGAGGGACAUGUUCGACCUGGACAACGUGCGCUACACAUCGGUGCCGGCGCUGGCGGACGACAUCCUCCAGCUGUCCCGGCGCCGCAGCGAGAUCCUGCUCGGCUACCUGGGGGCGCCGGUGGCCAACAGCAUUGGCCUGAACGGUGUGCUGCCCCGAGAGAACGGGCCCCCAGAGGAGCUGCAGUAGUGGUGGGUGUGGACCGGGAGGGGUGGCUGCCUGGUCCUCAUUCACGUGGCUGAUGGCAGAGAGAAGGCCUUGGGGUUGGCAUUGGAGGCCUGGGUGUCUGGCCGUCAGCAGUGGCAGAGCCCAGGCCAUGGUGGCCAAGGGUGCUCGCCCCUGACCUCGCCCCCACCCCAACGUCCAUCACCUGGGAAUCCCCGAGGCCCAGGGGAUAAACGUCCUCGGAGCGGCGUGGAGCCCCGAGGGGCCCGCCUCAGCUGUUCGUGGGAAAGCAGAGGCUGGACCAGUGGCCAGUGGGGCCUGAGGCGUUGUGAGGAGAAUCAGGACGGCAGAGAUGGGAUGCCCCGGGGGUGGGUGCCCAAAACCUCCUGCCACCCCAGGGCUGCUGAGUGGGGCUGGGGGGGUGGAGAUGAAAGAGGGGGUGGCCGGGCGCUGCCGUGGAGGAACCUGGGCUGGACAGUCUCAGAUCCAGGCAUCUGCCUGGCCAGUCCUGACGGCCCGCUGCCACCCGAGAGAAUGUGCUGCUCCAGAGACAGAGGGUGGGAGCCGCAGAGUGUGGCCGGGGGCACCUUGGUGGGCCUCGGGCCCGGGCCAUCCAGAGGCGGGCCCGCUUUCCUUGCGCUCACGUCACGUGGGGACCAGGCCCUUGAACAAACCCAUGCACCGAACCAGGACACCGUCCUCUGACAUACCCUGGCCCUGCCAAAGGCUGUCAUUUCUCCUCCCACCUACCUCUGCCACCACCAAAGACGGAGGAGGUGGGGCUGGUCCCCUCGCCCCUGUGAGCCUGGAACCCCCUGGCUGGUGCUAGGCACUGAGCUGGAGGCUCUGACCAGGGGUCACCAGGAGCAGGGCCCCUGGAGUGAGGGGGCCCAGGGGCCACAUCAGGGGAGGUUAGAGGAUGUAGGCGGCUGGACCAGCAUCAGGACAAGAAACUUGCCUGGCACUUUGCCUUCAACUCGAUGACAAAUGCUCUCAAGCCGUGUAGCGGUGCAGAGCCCGCCUCCCCGCUGGUCCUGCAGAGGAAGGCUGGCCGGCAUUUGUAGACUCACUUCUCUUACAGUGUUUUCACCUGAGAUGGGCUCUUUUAUUUAUUGCCUUAACACUUUAUUUUGAGGUCUGCCCCUUUCCAGGUGGAGAGGCCUACAAGAGAGACAGCCUCCUGGUUCUCCACACUCUGGAGUUGGGACUGGCUCAGACGGGGCGGGGGGGGCACCCUCCCCUGAAUG